GGUCAUUACUAGCAGGUGGGGAAACACACUGUACAGGUACGGGGUCAUUACUAGUAGGUGGGGAAACACACUGUACAGGUACGGGGUCAUUACUAGCAGGUGGGGAAACACACCGUACAGGUACGGGGUCAUUACUAGCAGGUGGGGAAACACACUGUACAGGUACAGGGUCAUUACUAGCAGGUGGGUAAGCACCAGAAGAGCCAGUACACCAUGACGGUGGGGAAACACACUGUACAGGACUGGUGCAAGAAUAAGAGGAUAGGGAAGCAGCUGGCUUCGCAGGCUAUUCUACAGAAACUCCACCCUCACAUCAAAACGUGGGGCUCGCUCAUAAGGAUGUAUGGGAGAGACUCUUCCAACUUUCUUAAGGAGAAAAAGGAGGAAGAACAGAGCAUCCUGGAGCUGACUCAGUUCUCCAAGAAGAACCGCCCCAACAUGAAGAUCAUCGACAAGCUGCAGGUGGAGAUGAGGAAACUUAAGGAGCAACGGGAUGCGCUGACUGGCAAGAGAAAGUUCAACCCAGGGAAUGUGGAGAAACCUCCCAACUCCCUCCUGUGCACCUUGGAUGUCUGAGCAGUC